CGUGCCUGACGCACCGGCUGUGCGCCGGAGAAUUCCUCAGCAAAGUGGAGGCCACCAUCGGCGUGGACUUCCGCGAGAGAGUUUUGGAGGUUGAAGGAGAAAAAAUUAAGGUCGUCACAUGACAAACCGACCAGACUGCCGGGUAUCCUGCCGAGUGAGGGAGAGCAUGAGACCACAGGUUAAUGUCACACUGGCGCAACAUUCACCAGCCCAACAGCAGAUGUCUCACCAGGAACUGAAUUAGGAGGAGGGAAUUCAGCAGCACUGAUAAUUAGGGGGCGUGUCUUUUCCCAUCAGGACCAGAGAGUUUCUGCGCGUCCGUCCGUCCGUCAUCUCUCUGUGAACACCGGUCAGAGUCGCGCGCUCGUUCACCUGCAGCCGAUCUCCGAACCAACAUGUUCUGCAGACGCGCGUGGCAGAGGCUCGCGCCGCUGGCAGGAAGGGUUUUCAACCCGGCAUCCAUGAACGCACCCCCCGUGCGGCGCAUGGCCUUCGGCGUCCCCGGAGGCUCCACCAAUGUGGCGUACUUUGUUCUGUGUGGCGGGGGCCUCACUGCUGCAGUCGUCUAUGCCUACAAAACCGUCAAUGAUGACAGUGAGCGCUACGAGGAAAGACUCGCCAACAUGAGCUCCAAGACGGCGCUUUCAUCUGAGGCAGUGCCAGAGGAGUCCGCUCCUGCAGCAGAACCCGCCUUGGAGGAGUCCGCUCCUGCAGCAGAGUCCCCUUCGGAGGAGUCCGCUCCUGCAGCAGAACCCGCCUUGGAGGAGUCCGCUCCUGCAGCAGAGUCCCCUUCGGAGGAGUCCGCUCCUGCAGCAGAGUCCCCUUCCGAGGAGUCCGCUCCUGCAGCAGAACCCGCCUUGGAGGAGUCCGCUCCUGCAGCAGAGUCCCCUUCGGAGGAGUCCGCUCCUGCAGCAGAGUCCCCUUCGGAGGAGUCCACUCCUGCAGCAGAACCUGCUUCUGCAGAAGAAGACACGGAAGCUGCAUCAGCCGCUGAGUCUGUUGUCGAGUCUGUCCCUGCAAUUUCAGAGCCUGUAGCAGAAAUCUCUGCUGACUCUGUCACAGAAGCCCCGUCUGAGGAGGUUGUGGCACCUGAGGCUGUAAUGGAGGAGGCUGCUGCCCCCGUGGAGGAAGAGGUGGCUCUCGACUCUGCUGCUGCUGAGAUGUCUGAAGCUCCUGCAGCGGAGAGCACUGAUCUUCUCUCAGCUGUGAAGCUCUUGACCAGCUCCAUCGCUGAGAUCGCAGCGGCAUCCAUUGGUGAGGAGAGCCCGGUGAAAGCUGUGCACCAAGCAGAGGUUGACAGAAUUGGUCUGGAGGCAGCACCUCCUCUGGAAGCAUUUGAAGAGAAACCUCGUUCUGCAAAUGAGGAGGACCUGACGCCUGCAAAAGAAGAGCUGGCAUCAGCAGAGGAUGAAGAAGCAAUGGCAGGGGAGAAGCUUGCUACUUCUGCAGGGACGGAGGACAAGGAAGAGGAGCACCACGCAACGGAGGAGCCAGUUGCAGAAGACCAGGUUCUGUCACCUGAUGAUGAAGAAAAAAUCCUCUCUUCAGAAGCUUCUCCUGAAGAUGCUGCUUCCUCUGAGGAAGCCUUGCCUGUUGAGGAACUCACAGAGGAUCCUACUUUUGGGGAGCAGACAAUGCCAGAGGAGAUUACAUCAACCGAAGCUGCAGCUGACACGGCCCAGCUGGCAGCUGCUUCCGCCGGACCGGACCUGGAAGCUGUUUUAGAACCCGAGCUCCCGGCAGAAGCUCCAGUGCAGGAGGCAGAGUGCUGCCAGACCUGCCAUUCAGCUCCAUCUACAGGAGAAGAGGAGCUGAGGCCACCUGCUGAUGCUCCUGCAGAGGAUCUGGAGGGGAACAAGGAGGAGUCUUCUUCACUGGUUGAGGAACAAACGACCUCCUCUCUGGCAGUGUUGACAGCCGGACUGUGACACACUGUGACUUCAGUGAAUCAUGGCGGAUGACAAGAAGUAGGGGCCGCUGUUAUCCAUAUAAUCAGGUGUUGCAUCACCUCUGUGAAGGCACCUCUAGGGGCUACUGUUGCAUAACUUUUCAUGAUCAAAUGAAGCUUACAUGUGUUCUAGCUGGCAGCAAAGGUCUCUUCACAUUUUAAUAGUCUGCAACCUAUGAUGGUUUUCAAACAGCUAAUUUGUGGAUUUUUAUCCUUGAUAAAGCCCAUCUCUCAUACAAUUUAAUAUUUGUUUUCUGCAGAAAUAACAUGUAAUCCAUUUUCUUGCAGUAAGGGUAACUUUUCUGUGUUUUGAUUUUUUUGAACAAACAUUCUGAUAAAUUAUUUAGAUUUAUGAUAAAAGAUUCACCCAAAGCACAACUAGUGUUUUUUCUUUUAGUGCAGUUCUCUAUUUAUUUUAUCCUUGAUGCACAUUACAGUGUUUUAAACUGUAAAAUACAUUUAAAAAUUCACAGAAAUGAACAGGAAGCAGUUUCAGGUGAUCAUAUAUUGUCAAAUGUAACACUUGCACGUUUAUUUUUAUGUACUUUUCUCAAUUAUACUGUUCUGAGACUAGCACUAAGCUCAUUAAUGUGUUCAAACACAUUUUCAUUUAACCCAUCUGACAUUUUUUUUCUCUGUAUUAUGUGCUUAAAUUUGAAAUAAAGUUGGGAUUAAGUAAACUGCUUUGGUGCAUUAAAUCGCCUUUUGACCAUAC